CAAGGCGGGGACCUGGCCCCCUCCCUUCCAUAGAAAUAACUCUGGCUGCUCCCCAGCCAGGCCCUCAUUGCGCCUUCCUACCACCCGGGGCAGUGUCUGGGCCCUCGUCUCCCCCCCCCUCCACCCAUCCCUACACAUCACCACCACCACUACCACCACCAUCACCGGCCCCACCGCCGGUCCCACUACCUCCGGCCCGGGACACCCAGCCAGGCGGAGGAGACACCGAGCCUAGAGACAUGGGCGUCCGAGGAGCCUUCCACCUUCUGCUCGUGUGCCUGAGCCCAGCACUGCUGUCUGCUGUGCGGAUCAACGGGGAUGGCCAGGAGAUCCUGUACCUCGCAGAAGGUGAUAAUGUAAGACUGGGUUGCCCCUACAUCCUGGACCCUGAGGAUUACGGUCCCAGUGGGCUGGACAUCGAGUGGAUGCAGGUCAAUGCAGACCCUGCACAUCGGGAGAAUGUGUUCCUCAGCUACCAGGACAAGAGAAUCAACCACGGCAACCUCCCCCACCUGCAGCAGAGGGUUCGCUUUGCAGCCUCAGACCCCAGCCAGUACGAUGCCUCCAUCAACCUCAUGAACCUGCAGGUCGCCGACACGGCCACCUACGAGUGCCGGGUGAAGAAGACCACAAUGGCCACCCGGAAGGUCAUUGUCACCGUUCAAGCUCGGCCCGCAGUGCCCAUGUGCUGGUCUGAGGGCCACAUGGCGUAUGGCAACGACGUGGUGCUGAAGUGCUUCGCCAGUGGGGGCACCCCACCCCUCUCCUACAAGUGGGCCAAGAUCAGCGGACAGACCCAUCCCUACCGGGCGGGAUCCUACCACUCGCAGCACACGUUCCAGUCGGAGCUGUCCUAUCAGGAGUCCUUCCACAGCUCCAUCAAUCAAGUUUCAGGUGUGUUUAAUGGCGAUCUGGUGCUGAAGGACAUCUCCAAGGAGGACGACGGGCUGUACCAGUGCACGGUGGCCAACCACGUGGGCUACAGCGUGUGCGUGGUGGAGAUGAAGGGCUCAGACUCCCGGCGUGCGGGCAUGAUCGUCGGCGCGGUGCUGGGCUCCCUGCUCCUGCUGGGCUGCCUGCUGCUGGCCAUCUGGGCGCUCACCUGCUGCUGCUGCGGGGGAGCCGGCGGGGCCCGCAGCGCCUUCGGCUACGGCAACCGCAGCGGGGCCUGCGGAGGGGCCUGCGGAGACUUGUCCAAUGAGAUCAGAGAGGACGCCGUGGCGCCCGGGUGCCAGGCCCGCGGGCGCGGCAGCCGCGUCGCCCACCUGCUGGGGUACCCGCCGCAGACCCGCCGCUCCCAGCGCCGGUGCGCGCCCCCGCCCUGCGGCCCCGAGGACGUGGCGCUGGCUUCCCGCGCCGCCGCCUGCGAGGCGGGCCCCGCCCCGGUCUACAUCAAGGUCACCGGCGCCCAGGCCGAGGACUGCGCCCGGGGGCCGCGGCCGGGCAAGGACGGCCUGGUGGUGUGAGCGCCGCCCCCGGGGCCCCCGGGGCUGCGGAGGCGGACGGAAGGCAUUCUUCUCGGGACACGAGCGGGGAGGCAGAGCCUGCUCCCCAGAGUGGGAGGUGGGACGGGAGGUAAAGGCUCCUCGGACCUCUCACACCCCCUGGCCGUAGCGCUCUGGGAGGAAGAGGAGAGAGCGUGCCUGAGGGGUUGGGGCCGAGGCCGGGAAUCCCGGCCGAAGCCGAGGGCCCGGGGCCGGGCGGGUGGGUUCUGGACCGGAUGGUUCGGGGUGAGAUCCGGGCUCUGAGCGGCAGUGUUAGCGCAAUAAAGACCGAGGACGA